AUUUUGUUGUUGUUGUUGUUGAGUUCACUUGUGCUUCUUGUCAAUUUCAAAAUUUCUAUGGUUAUAUAUUGGUUUAGUUCUUUUGACUUUUUAGGAGUGAAUUGAGAGAGCAUCUUUUGGAUCAAGAACUGCAAAGCUACAAGAGAAGAGUGAUGAAAUGAUAGCUUAUUUGGAUCUCCAAUACUAUUUAUGUAGUUUUAUUAUAGAUCAUGUUAAUUCUCUGAUAACCAUUCUUUGAUGAGAAGGUUGCCAAUUACAUAAGAUUCUCACCAUUGUUGGAUUUUAGACACCGGUAGAUGUAUUAAUAGCUUAGAAGUUAGGUGAGAUAAUUACAACCUCACAAGAUGUACAAAAUAAUAAGUCAAUCUUAUGUAUUCCAUAUUCAAUUGAAGUCUUCAUCAUUUAUAUUAAUAUGCUCUUGUGUUCUUAUGUGAUCUAAUUAAUAGGUCAGUUAGAUUUUAUAUAACUUCAGUUCAGCAAUUUUAAUAUAUAAGAAUAUGAGACUGAUUCUUCAAGAUUGAAAUAUUAACAAUAAAAAGGUCAAUUGAACUUGAACUAGAGCUUUUUGCUUCUUUUUCUUUUCAAUUUGUAUUUCAAUAAUUGAAAUCUAGUUAAACUCAAUCAUCAUGUUCAAGUUAGUUAUCAAGUUAUAAACAUACUUUCAAACAGCAUUGUUUCCUGAAAUAUGGUUCAAUCAUCUAGUGUUUGGUCUAAUUGUGCAACAAUUUUAUAUUGAUAACUAUUUUUUUAUUCAUGGAUAAGUUAUGAUGAAUAAAAAACACUCAUGUUUCCAUAUAAUGUUGAUAAUGGCAGCAAAAAAACUCGAGUAUUGUUGACAAGUGCUGCACAGGUUCAUUUGAAGCAUCUUGAUUUUUCCAAGCACACCAGGAACCUUUCUCCAGCAAGCAGAGCUAUUUUGCUAUCUGGUCCUGGAGAACUAUACCAGCAAAUGCUUGCCAGGGCUUUGGCACAUAGCUUCGAAUCGAAGUUGCUGUUGAUAGAUAUUAAUGACUUCUCAGUGAAGAUGCAGAGCAAAUAUGGGUGUCCAAGAAAAGAACCGAAGUCCAUAUCAGAGAUGACUUUCGAGCGAAUGUCCGGUUUGUUUGGUUCCCUUUCAAUCCUCCCUUCAACUGCUGAAACUACAGGUACUUUACAUCAACAAAGUGUCGUGCUGAAAGUUCGAAAAAUGUUUCAAAACUUCGGAGGAAUGGCUCUGCUGCAUCUGAUAUAGCCAACAGACACUAUGGUACUCAGUACUUACAUUGAAGAAAUUGUGGUAUCUGCAAUAUCUUACCAUUUGAUGAAUACCAAGGAUCCCGAAUACCGAAAUGGAAAGCUAGUUAUAUCAGCCAACAGUUUGUCCCAUGGACUGAGCCUGUUCCAAGAAGGCAAGAGUAGUGGGAAUUUGAAGACUAAUGAUUCAAACAAGGAAAAUGCUGAUGGCAUUGCCGGAGCAAAUGUUCGGUGUGAUGGCCAGGCACCUGAAAACAAAAAUGAAACAUCUAUCCCUGUAACAAAGAAGAUGGCGAAAAUACUCUUCCUGCAAAAGCACUUUCAAGAAGUCCCUGACAACGAGUUUGAAAAGCGCAUUCGACCAGAAGUUAUUCCUGCAAACGAGAUAGGAGUUACUUUUGCAGAUAUUGGUUCAUUGGAUGAGAUCAAAGAAUCACUUCAAGAACUGGUCAUGCUUCCUCUUAGAAGAUCAGACCUCUUCAAAGGUGGACUUCUGAAGCCAUGUAGAGGCAUAUUGCUUUUUGGACCUCCUGGGACUGGAAAGACAAUGCUGGCAAAGGCAAUUGCGAAUGAAGCCGGAGCAAGUUUCAUCAAUGUAUCAAUGUCCACUAUCACUUCAAAGUGGUUUGGAGAAGAUGAAAAGAAUGUUAGAGCUUUGUUCACACUGGCUGCAAAGGUUGUCCCUACUAUCAUCUUUGUUGAUGAAGUUGACAGCAUGCUUGGACAGCGGACUCGAGUUGGAGAGCAUGAAGCCAUGAGGAAGAUCAAGAAUGAGUUCAUGACACAUUGGGCAUAUAUAUUGUAUCAGGAAAAGAAGAAAAAAGAGACAGAAGGCCAAAGCUCUGAAGAUGCAUCAGAGAAUAAAGAAUAUCAUCAAAUUACUCUGAGGUCUUUAAACAUGGAAGACAUGAGACAGGCAAAGAGUCAGGUAAAUGGCAAACCGACCAAACCAUUGUAACUUGCUACUUAGAGUUCGGCGUUCAUAGCGGUAUUGUGAUGGACUAGUCGUUACCGCUGGCCAAUGAAUUGCUGCAUGCAAAAGGCGGAAUUCAAACUCUUAACACUUACUUAAGCGGACUAGUAAAUUGACCAUUCUAUCCACUUAAGUUAGUUAUUUUGAUGGUAAUUAAUUAAGUAUAAUUAGUUGUUGCCUAAUGAAAAUAAAUUGGGCCGCGCAAAAUACCGUGGGAAUUGAGACUUUUAUUUCUCGGUAGAAGGACAUUGGGAAAUCUGUUAAAAUUAUAACAUGGCCUUCGAAUUACUAGGAUGACCAAAAGAAAAAAAAAAACCAACCUAAUACUAAUAUAAUAA